GGGUUAGGGAUACAAAAGCUGCGUGGUUAGUGCAGCACCUCAUAACUCGUAACUCCUAACUCCGAAGUCACAAUCACAACCACCACCAUGCCACUAACGCCGAUGCGAAUUCGAGUACCAUACUCCGGUAUUUUCAGACUCGCCACUCGCCGUCCUAUCCUCAUACCACCAACACGCUUUUCACGUCCUUCUACUUUUACUUCUACUUCCACUCCCACAACCACAAACCUUCGCCUUCGCCUUUCAUCCUCUUCACCCGCUUUCAGGCACAAAACCCUUGCUGUGCCCUUUUUGCAUCAGCAAAGUUCCACUUACGGUCGUUUUGCAUUUCGUGACGUCUCCAGUGAUGACUCUGACCUCGAAAUUGCUUCUUCUCACUCACAUGCUCGCCCUCAACCUCAACCUCAACAACAAUUGGGUGAUUCAACUCUUGAAAACAUUGAUGCCUGGAGAUGGAAACUUACCAUGCUUCUUCGCAAUAAAGAUGAGCAAGAAGUUGUGUCCAAUGAGAAAAAGGAUCGCCGUGAUUUUCUCCAACUUGAAACUUUAGCUACCAGGAUGGGUUUAUAUAGUCGACAGUAUGCAAAACUUGUUGUCUUUAGCAAGGCACCUUUGCCAAAUUACCGCCCUGAUCUCGAUGAUAAGCGUCCCCUGAGAGAGGUAACCAUACCAUACGGUGUUCAUAGAGAAGUAGAUACUCAUCUCCUUGCUCAUCUUUCACAUAAGGCUACAAAUAGAUUAGGAUCUUUGGAUGAUUCCUUGCACAGAUCAAGUAAUGAUGGAAGCAUUCCUGGUGACAAAGGAAUUUUUGAGCACGUGGAGCCCAUGAGCCAUAAUAGUGUUGUCAAAGAGAAAAUCCUUCAAAGAAGAGGCUUGCAAAUGCGUCAGCAACAACAAGGCUGGCAGGAAUCUCCUGAAGGGAUAAAGAUGCUUGAAUUUCGUAGUAGUCUUCCUGCAUUCAAAGAGAAAGAUGCAUUUUUGAAAGUCGUUUCAGAGAAUCAGGUCAUUGUUGUCUCAGGUGAAACUGGUUGUGGUAAGACCACACAGCUUCCUCAAUACAUAUUAGAAUCUGAGAUAGAAGCUGCACGUGGAGCUCUAUGUAACAUAAUUUGUACUCAGCCUAGAAGAAUAUCUGCUAUAUCUGUUUCUGAAAGAGUUGCAGCAGAACGUGGGGAAAAAUUGGGAGAAUCUGUUGGUUAUAAAGUUCGUUUGGAGGGUAUGAAAGGGAGGGAUACUCGUCUUCUUUUUUGUACCACAGGUGUUUUAUUGCGGAGACUACUUGUGGAUAGAAGUUUAAAAGGUGUAACUCAUGUUAUUGUUGAUGAAAUUCAUGAACGUGGAAUGAAUGAAGAUUUUCUUCUCAUUGUCCUGAAAGAUCUUCUCCCUCGUCGGCCUGAUUUGAGAUUAAUUCUGAUGAGUGCAACUUUAAAUGCUGAGCUAUUUUCUUCCUACUUUGAUGGUGCCCCGACUAUGCAUAUACCUGGAUUUACAUUUCCAGUUCGAGCACAUUUUCUUGAGGAUAUUCUGGAAAGGACUGGAUAUUGUUUGACUCCUUAUAAUCAAAUUGAUGACUAUGGUAAAGAUAAAACAUGGAAAAUGCAGAAACAAGCUCAGUCUUUCAAAAAAAGAAAGAGCCAGAUUGCUUCUGCUGUUGAGGAUGCAUUAGAGGUUGCAGACUUUAAGGGUUAUAGCCUACGCACUCAGGAGUCAUUGUCUUGCUGGAACCCCGACUCAAUUGGUUUCAACCUUAUCGAACAUGUUCUUUGCCACAUUGUUAAGAAUGAAAGGGCAGGUGCUGUUUUGGUUUUUAUGACUGGUUGGGAUGAUAUAAACUCUUUGAUGGAUCAACUUCAAGCUCAUCCUUUGUUGGGUGAUCACAGAAGAGUAUUACUUCUUGCGUGCCAUGGCUCUAUGUCCAGCUCAGAGCAGAAGUUAAUAUUUGAACAUCCUGAAGGAGGGGUGAGGAAGAUUGUUCUGGCUACUAAUAUGGCCGAGACUAGUAUUACCAUCAACGACGUUGUCUUUGUGGUUGAUUGUGGAAAAGCAAAAGAGACAUCAUAUGAUGCGUUGAAUAACACUCCUUGUUUGCUUCCAGCAUGGAUCUCAAAAGCUGCUGCCCGACAGAGGAAAGGAAGGGCUGGUCGUGUUCAACCUGGCGAAUGCUACCAUCUUUAUCCCAGACGCGUUUAUGAUGCUUUUGCUGAUUAUCAAUUGCCAGAGCUUUUAAGAACACCUUUGCAGUCCUUAUGUCUACAAAUAAAAAGUCUACAACUUGGAAGCAUCUCUGAGUUUUUAUCUAGUGCUCUGCAGCCACCAGAGCCUCUAUCGGUCCAAAAUGCUGUUGAAUAUUUGAAGAUCAUCGGUGCCUUAGAUGAGAAUGAAAAUUUGACAGUUCUUGGGCGCAAGUUGUCGGUGCUUCCCGUAGAGCCCAAGCUUGGCAAGAUGCUCAUCUUGGGAGCUAUUUUCGACUGUUUGGAUCCCAUAUUGACUGUUGUUGCUGGGCUUAGUGUGAGAGAUCCAUUUGUUAUGCCUGCUGACAAGAAGGGGCUUGCAGAGUCUGUCAAGGCCCAGUUUGCUGCUCGUGACUAUAGUGAUCAUCUUGCACUUGUCCGGGCCUAUGAUGGUUGGAAAGACGCCGAAGCACAGAAAGCUGGUUACGAGUACUGUUGGCGAAAUUUUCUUUCUUCUCAAACACUUAGGGCUAUUGAAUCUCUUCGAAAGCAAUUCUUUCACUUGCUCAAAGAUAUUGGUCUGGUUGGCAACAAUUCUGAAACCAACAAUAAAUGGCGUAAUGAGGUGCAUAUGCUUCGGGCAGUUAUCUGUGCGGGUUUGUUUCCUGGAAUAUCCUCUGUUGUGAACAAGGAAAAGUCAAUAGCAUUGAAAACAAUGGAGGAUGGUCAGGUUCUUCUGUAUGCUAACUCAGUAAAUGCUGCGGUACCCAAAAUUCCAUACCCAUGGUUAGUGUUUAAUGAAAAGGUUAAAGUGAAUACAGUAUUCCUCAGGGAUUCAACGGCCAUAUCUGAUUCCAUGCUGCUCUUAUUUGGCGGGAACAUAUCCAAAGGUGGACUAGAUGGGCACCUGAAAAUGUUGGGAGGGUAUCUGGAAUUUUUCAUGAAACCAGAGUUAGCCAAGACUUAUUCAACUUUAAAGAGGGAACUGGAGGAACUGAUACAGAAAAAACUUCUGGAUCCAAUGUUUGAUACACAAUCGCAAAAUGAGCUUCUUUCAGCUGUAAGAUUGUUGGUAUCCGAGGACCAUUGCGAUGGCCGAUUUGUUUAUGGUCCACAAAUUAAGGCAACAAACUCCAAAAGUGGUGUUGAAGUCGAGGGUGACAAUUCUAAAAAUCAGCUUCAAACAUUUCUUAACAGGGCUCGACAUGGAUUACCAACUUACAAAACACAACAGCUGAGAAACAACCAAUUCCGUUCUACUGUCAUAUUCAAUGGCUUGGAUUUUGUUGGCCAGCCAUGCAACAGUAAGAAACUAGCAGAAAAAUCUGCUGCUGCUGAGGCUAUGCUAUGGUUAAAAGGGGACAGCCAUUCAUCCGGUGAUAUUGACCAUGCAUCUGUGCUUUUGAAGAAAAGCAACAAGAACAGUAGGAAAAAAUCAUUUAGUGGCAGUUAAAUAGAGUUGAAUUACCUUUACAAUACCUAUGUUGGGUAGAUUUGUUUGAUGGGGUCCUACACCAAGGCUUGUCUACUGUCACGGUGCAAUGGAUUCGGGGAUGAUUUCAACAGCAAGUGUACAGAGCUAUUAGCUAGGGAUCUUGAAUCUGAAAGGUAUAGGUCUGAGCCCUUGUUUUUGAAACGGGUGAUUGUAUCCAAAGUCCACCUAAAUUUGGAGCACAUUUCAAGAAGUGUAUUUCUACAAUUGCUUUUGACUAAAUCUGACCCAGAGCAUAGUCUGCUGGCUGAGCAGCUAUUGUAAUAAUUUAUGAAAACUAGUGGGAGUAAACAGCAAAAAUUCAUAUCCACAUGCUAAUGAUGUGUUCGGUUCUGCAUUGCUCUCGUGUCGUGGGCAGAGAAAUAUACUUUACAUGGGGAUUGACUCGGAAUACUUUAAAGAGCAUUUCUAAGAUGUUGUAGUUGCUUACAUGAUCAAGCCAGCUGAUCAUCUAGUUAUAAUAUAGAAUAUGUAUUUACAAUUACAAUUAUUUUUACACUCGAGCUAAGAGGAUUACGGUGUUUGUUACACCUCCUGAGAUGGAUUAUUUUCAUGCUGAUGUCUUAAGCUAUAAGAGAUAACUUAUGAAUAUGGAGAUCAAUUUUGAUUUGAUACAAUUCAAUAUCUGAAGAAAAACAAGAGAACUCAUUUGGUCUCAA